AUGGAGACUCCAAGCCUGGCCCAGAGCGAUUCCAGCGGAGUCAGUCUGUUGCAACUAGCUGGAGACAUUGAAGAGACGCCGAGAGUAAUGACUAUUGGCAGUGCCAGAGACACAAAUCCCACCGACACAUGCGCAGACGAUGCCCACAGACCCAGCACCAACACAUCCACUAGCCACCCCCAAGACACCCGCUACAACAGUAACCUGCGACUUGAAACCGCCAACACAGACAGCUACGUGAGCGUUUGUGAUCUCGACAACUACGGAACGGCCUCCUUGCGACACUCGCCUUCUCGUGACACAACUCUCGACCCUACAUACACCACCAGACACGAUAUUACCACGGUCACCACCCCCCACACUAGCCACACGGAAACAAGCCCGCUGCUCAAGAAACCCACCUCCAUGACUACCGACGUUGCCGACUCGGAGGAAGGCGAAAUCAUCUCGCUCCCAGACCUCCCCGAAGACGUGCCCCACAUCUCCGAUAAAAUCCCCUACUCGGCCUAUCUGGUGGCAGUAGUCGAGCUCUGUGAACGGUUCACCUACUACGGACUCUCGGGUCCCUUCCAGAACUACAUCCAGAACCCGCGGGAGGGCCGACUACCUGGAGCCCUCGGCCUGGGCCAACAAAAGGCCGUGGCUCUCCUCUAUGCCUUCCAGUUCUGGUGCUACCUAACCCCCAUUUUCGGAGCUAUCAUUGCUGACUCAUACUGGGGCAAGUACAAGACAAUUCUUCGGUUCGCCAUCGUCAAUGUUAUUGGCGUCUUUGUGCUGGUGAUCUCUUCUCUUCCCGUCAACAUUGACAACGGAUGGGCUCUCCCAGGCCUGCUGCUGGCCAUGGUCAUCAUCGGACUCGGAACAGGAGGAAUCAAGGCCAACGUGAGUCCUCUGAUUGGAGAGCAGUACCGAAACGAAAAGUACAGACUCGUCUAUACCAAGAACGAGUCUCAAGCCAUUAUUUCCCCUGUCGUCACCAUCCAGUCCAUCUUCAUGAUCUUCUACUACUGCAUCAACAUUGGCUGCCUGGCCCCCAUGAUUACAUCUUACGUGGAAAUGAAGGUCGACUUCUGGGCUGCUUAUCUCAUCCCUGGCGUCUUUUUCUUCUUUGGAAUGGCUGCCCUGGUUAUGGGAAGAAACAUGUACUACUGCGCUCCUGUCAAGGGAAGUGUUGUUCCCGAUGCCGUGGCUGUCUCUUGGAUGCUCUUCAAGGAGAGAGGCAACAAAUGUGACACUGAGACAAGCGCUCUCCCACGGGACACCGAUGCUGAAUCUUCCUCUCGUACCUCCCAAGAGUCUCUGCUCUCCCAGGACCUUGAAACUUCCCCCGAGUUCAUCUCCUCCGUCGACACCACCAUCUCUCCUCGAGCCAUGUACGUUUCCAAGGCCUCGGGCAACAAGUAUUCUGCUUCCUUCGUGCAGGAUAUCAUUGUCACGCUCAAGGCAUGUCGGGUAUUCCUCUUUUACCCCGUCUACUGGCUUGUUUACGGCCAGAUGACAUCCAACUUCAUUGCUCAGGCUGGUCAGAUGAAUACCUACUCCAUUCCCAACGACAUUAUGAGCAACAUUGACCCAAUCACCCUACUUCUGUUCAUUCCCAUUGUUGAGAAGAAGUUAUAUCCCUGGUUGCGAUCUCGAGGCUACUCGUUUGGUCCUCUUGCUCGAAUCUUCACUGGCUUCUUGUGUGCUGCAUUGGCCAUGGUCUGGGCCUGUGGAGUGCAGGUGUUUAUCUACCGAGGCCAGGCAGACACAAAGAUUGACGAGGUUGGUGUGGAGAACCUGGUAUCUGUCUUCUGGCAGGUGCCUGCAUACAUUUUCAUUGCAUUUUCCGAGAUUUUGGCCUCCGUCACUGGUUUGGAGUAUGCAUUCUUGAACGCUCCCAAAACGAUGAAAUCACUGGUUAUGAGUGUCUUCCUUGUCACCAAUGCUGGUGGUUACGCCAUGGGUAUUGUCAUUAGUCCGUGGUUCAAGGACCCCUACAUGGUGACUUGUUACUUCUGGAUUGCCGCAUUGACGUUUGCCACAGGAGCUCUGUUCCGAUACUGCUUCAGGGACUGA